AUGCAUUACUCAGCUAUAAAUAGAAACAAAGGGGUCGAGCAAAUCCCGUUUAGUUGUCUGGGAUUCAAAGACUUCGCUGAAAAAAGUCUCUCGCAGGGAUUUGAGAUGUCGACUCCAGCUCGGAAGAGGCUGAUGAGAGACUUCAGGAGGCUGCAGCAGGACCCACCUGCAGGCAUCAGUGGCGCCCCACAAGACAAUAAUAUUAUGCUGUGGAAUGCGGUUAUAUUCGGUCCAGAUGAUACACCUUGGGAUGGAGGUACGUUCAAACUGACACUCCAGUUCACAGAAGAUUAUCCAAACAAGCCACCUACUGUUCGGUUUGUUUCUCGGAUGUUCCACCCUAAUAUUUAUGCAGAUGGAAGUAUUUGUUUGGACAUCUUACAGAAUCAGUGGAGCCCUAUAUACGAUGCUGCUGCUAUACUUACAUCUAUCCAGUCGUUGUUGUGCGACCCAAAUCCGAAUUCUCCCGCGAAUUCCGAAGCUGCUCGUUUGUUCAGUGAGAACAAAAAAGAGUAUAAUCGCCGGGUGAGAGAUAUUGUGGAGCAAAGCUGGACCGCAGACUAA